AAUGAUGGAGGCCAAUGAUGAACCGAUGGACUGCUCUGAUGACGACAGUGUUUUCAGUAGCAAUUUGUCAAUAGUCGACAAAGCGUGGGAGUACCUAGACCCCAACCCUAACAUUGAACAGCUCUUUACAGAGUUUAAUGACAAGAUCUUCGGAGGGAAAUUACAUGGUGUGACAGUUACCUGGAGUAACAGGCUGAAGAAAUGUGCCGGAAUGUGUGAACAUCCUACCCAUUACUACGGAGGACCAUGUACGAUAAAGCUGAGCAAACCUCUCCUAGGGCAGCUGACCAGGAGAGAUCUCGUUGAAACCCUCCUGCACGAAAUGAUCCAUGCCUAUAUUUAUAGAAAGAAGCAGAAAGAUUCAGGUGAACAUGGACCAAUAUAUAUAGCGCUCAUGAACCUCAUAAACCACCUCACUGGCACCAAAAUAUCUAUACGCCACAGGUUUCAUACAGCAGCGUCAAAUCUGCGAUGCCACCAGCGGCAGUGUGACAGGUGCUACAGAAUUGUUAAACGCUGCAUGAAUAGAGCUCCAUCACAGCGAGAGAAAUGGCUAAUGGCCCAUGACCAAAUAUGUGGCGGCACCUUCUACAAAGUAAUGGAGCCUCCUCGCCAAGGAACAACCAGACCACGGACUUCAGUCUGUGAAGGAGAAGAUGAUGUCGGAAGACCACUCAAAAAAACCAAGUGCUGAUGGCUGCAUCAUUUUACCGAGCCUCGUCUGUGACCUCUACACCUGCAGCAUUAUACAGACUGGCAGCCUUUGGUUCACAGCAGCAGGUGAUGGCUUACUGCACAGAGGAAGACAUCUCCCAGUCCACUAAUGAUGCUGGCGGCUAUGACUCCCAGUCGGGAGAGCUACCAGCGGAUACCAUUCAUGCGACUGAGGUCAUCUGUGCAUUGGAAUAAUUAUGCAGCAUCUACAGCUGGUGUACUAA